AUGACUUCCGAACAAUUCAAGCGCUAUGUCAUCGUCGGCAUGGGCGUUCGCUCAGCCAUGUACUAUCAAGCCAUCAUCCAGGACUUCAAGGAUGUAGCAAAGCUAGUCGGUAUCUGCGACACCAACCAAACGCGCAUGGACGUCGCAAACGACCACAUCGUUGAGCUCGGCGGCGAGAAAGUCCCAACUUAUAAAGACACCGACUUUGACAAGAUGGUCCAAGAACAAAAAGCCGAUGUUGUUAUCGUUACCACAAUUGAUCUUUUCCAUCAUAAGUACUGUAUUCGCGCCAUGGAGCUUGGCUGUGAUGCCAUCACUGAGAAGCCUAUGACUAUCGAUGAGGAUAAGCUGCAGCAGAUGAUUGAUGCUGAGAAAAAGACCGGCAAGCAAGUGAGAGUCUUGUUCAAUUAUCGGUAUGCCCCGCAUCAUACCAAGGUCAGAGAACUCAUCGACUCUGGUGUCAUUGGCGAGAUCUCAACGGUGCACAUGGAUUGGAUUCUGGACUGUGCUCACGGCGCCGACUUUAUGCGUCGCUGGCAUAGACAUAAGGAGACGAGUGGCGGUAUCCAAAUGCACAAGUCAAUCCACCACUUCGACCUGGUGCAUUUCUGGCUAAACACCGAGCCCGAGCUAGUCUACGCUCUUGGCGAUUUGCGUUUCUACGGCAAAGAGAAUGCUGAGAAGCGUGGUGAGAAGAACCUUGGUGAACGAUACAAGAACAACGACGAUGCGAAGAACGAUCCUUUUGCGUUCCAGCUUGAUGAUAAUGAGCGCAUGAAGAAGCUUUAUCUCGACGCUGAGCAUGAGGAUGGAUAUAUCCGCGACAGAAACUGUUUCGGCGAGGGUAUUACCAUCGAGGAUAAUCUUUCUAUGAUUAUCAAGUAUAAGAACCGCGCCGUUAUGACUUACAACACCUACGCCUACGCACCUUGGGAAGGAUACCGCUGCGUCUUCAACGGUACAAAGGGCCGCAUCGAAAUCAACGUCGUCGAGAGCGGAUACAACCCUCUCGGUGAUCCCGUUACCAAGGAUGCUAGCGGCGAAGACGAGAAGUACAUCCAAGGUGGUGUCGAGAACACUAAGAUCGUGGUGUAUCCUAUGUUUGACAAGCCUUAUGUUGUGGAUGUUGUGAAGCAGGAGGGUGGCCAUGGCGGUGGUGAUCCUGUUUUGUUGAAGGAUGUUAUUUUGGGAGAUCAGAAGGAUAGUUUUAAGAGGGCUGCUUAUAUUCGGGAUGGUGGUAAUGCGGUGCUUGUUGGUGUUGGUGCGAAUCAUAGUAUGAAGAGUGGGAUGCCUGUUAAAGUCCAGGAUUUGGUAAAGUGGUAG